GUGGACCAGAUCAAUAUGGACAGCACCAGCUCACUCCAUGGAAGCAGCAUCCAUAGACCAUCUACUGAGCAAACACGGACAGAUUUCUCCUGGGAUGGCAUUAAUCUAUCCAUGGAAGACACAACCUCAAUUCUUCCCAAACUGAAACGAAACUCAAAUGCCUAUGGGAUUGGAGCUCUGGCUAAGUCAUCUCUGUCUGGGAUAUCCCGCAGCAUGAAGGAUCACGUCACCAAGCCCACUGCCAUGGGGCAGGGUCGUGUUGCACACAUGAUUGAGUGGCAGGGCUGGGGCAAAGGCAGCAACCAACAGCAACAUACUCAUGAGACAGUACGCAAGGAUGCAGAUGCUUACUCUGACCUGAGUGAUGGAGAAAAAGAGGCCCGAUUCCUUGCAGGGGUGAUGCAACAGUUUGCUAUCUCAGAAGCCACGCUGAUGGCCUGGUCUUCCAUGGAUGGUGAGGAUGUAAGUGUCAAUUCCAACCAGGAAAACCAAGCUGGCAACUACAAUGAAAACUAUCAAGAGAUGAUGGAGAAUCCAGAACACCUGGCCCAGGUGCAAUAUGACAGCUGGCCUCACUCUUACGUCUCACAAGGCAUGUACUGCCUGGGUUCAUCUGAUGCUUGGGAAGCCAGUGAUCAGUCCCUCAUUGCGUCCCCAGCUGCUGGCUCUUACCUUGGCCAGAACUUUGAGGAGUGCCAGUCUAACCUGCAGGAAAAGGUAUGGCCAGCUCAGACAACUCCUAGUGGUGAGGAUAGCCCUGGUAAUGGGGGUAAUGGUGAAUCCAGCACUCUCGUGGGAGUUCACGCAGAAGAGGAAGGGAACCCCGUGCUGGAGAAAGCACCCCUGUUGAACAAGAAACCUUCUCCAGAAGAGGACGAUGUUGUAUGCCGGGAUCUGGAGUCUCUUUCACCCAGAGAGGAGGCAGAGCCUGCCGCCCUUAGCCGCAAGGUUUCUGAUGUUACAUCAUCUGGAGUUCAGUCCUUUGAUGAGGAAGAAGGUGAAACCAAUAACUGA